AGUGCAACACAGGAAUAGUGCAAUACGGUCCUGAAAUUAGCAGCGUCAUUUGUAUAAAGACAAGAAUUAAAAAAUUCUAUGGACCACUUUAAAUCCGAUUUGGGUCACUUCCGUAUUUGGUUUAAAUCUGAUCUGGGCCACAUUUUUCAAUGACGGCGGCCUGAACUGUCAAGUCUCCCAAAUCGGAAUACAAGCAGCAAUUAUGUCAGCAAAGAGCGAGAGCGGCAGGCAGGACGGCAUUAGCGUUAGUGCCUAGCUUGAACUCGGCUUUUAAGUAGGAGGUGGGCUUAAGCAUAGUCAUAAAAAAAUAAAAUGAAGAAAAGGAUAAGUCUAAUAAUGCUCGGUUUUCUUUCUGAGCAAAUAAGCAAUAUAUUAGUAUUGCUUACAUGGAUGAGUCGGGGCAAACUAGCGCACACAUAUAAGGCUUAUGUGUGUACGUCACGCACACACAGUGCUUGCAUGUGUUCUAUCAAUCCAUAUAAACUUUGAAUAUAAGAUUAAAAAGUGAUUAUGAUUUUCACCUGAGCAACCCCCUUCGCUCCCAGCCGUUUUACUGGAUUUUGACUGAUUUUGCAAGGCCCACAGAAAAUUCUGUGCUAUAAUAAACAUGGAGCACACUAAAAGAAAGAUUAGACUCUCUUCUUUCAGCAGGAAAAAAAAAGUAAGUUCAUAUAUUUUUCCAUUCUUUAGAUAUCAGCAUUAGAAAAUAGCUUAGUUUGAGCAAUGUUCCAGUUUCUGAUGAAAAAACAGAGAAAUUGAGCUUUUUGGAAAAGCAUACAUUUCAAACAUAACUUUGACUUUAACACAGGUAUUUUUUGCUUUUGUGACAUCCCAAACAUCUGAAUAAUGUUUUCCUUCUACAAAAUAACAUAAACAACAAGACAAAUAGAGCUUUUGAUAGCAAAGUAACAAUUUAUUUACACAUAACUAACUAAGAGUUGACGCUGUUGUGACCGCGGCUGUAUCGGCAGACGGGGUAAACUUUUCCCUCAUCACCGCCUGUCUGUCUCAUCAAGAUAGAUUUUUUUUUUAUCUUUCUUUUGUAUUGACCACUACCUCAUAACAUAAUUCACCUAGGGAACUUGUGUGGAGCAUGUGCCUUGUGUUUACAUCGUUCUCCACAUUUUUCUCACGUUUCUUACUUCUUCCAACUUCCAUUUCCUGACUAUUUCUCUUCAUUCAUUUCCUUUCAUGGUCCGAUAUGAAGUCUUCCCAAAUGCGCUACUGCCCUCCAGUGGCCAGUUUUAUUGCUUUAAAAUGGAUUUUGAGCGUUUGCUUUGGAGCGAACUUGCAUCAGAACCUAGAGAUAUUUUGUGUGAAAAAAAAAAAAAAACGUAAAAGGCAUAUAAAUACAUUUUUGGGACACUGAAACAAUUAGAACGUAUUUAUACAUUUUUGGGAGCAAAUGAGUUAAUGUCUGUUAUUUGUGCCUUCUUUUUAGAAAUCAAAAUACGAUCACCCUGGAAUGACGUAUAGCCAGCAUGUGUAGUGAUUUGUUUUGAUGCUUCUGUGCAUGUGGGUCAGUCUGCUAAGCGCGUGUGGGGCUGUGAAUUAGUGCGCGUGCGUAAUACUUGAACGGGCUCAAUGGGCAAAGGCUGUUUGAACAGGCUCGCUAAAAAACAGAUGUGACAAAAAAACGGAAUUGUGCAUUAAGACCUGCAGUAUGAACCUAGCCUUAGUUGGUUUGGAUUGACUCUUCCAUGCUGUGUCCAGGGUUUGUUGAGUCACUAAAGAAUUUCCCUGCCCACAACGUGGUAUUUGCAAAGUUUUCAGAAGUGGGAGGGCUCUAUGGGUCCCCUUUUCCACUGUCCAGACUGUCAGCUGAAGUCUGUUUUUAUUUUGUGGCAUUAAGGAAACAUACUAAUGUGAUGGAUUAGCAGAGAAGGGAUUUGGUGACAGCUGUCUCGGGAGCACUUUUGCAGAAUUUCUUCAGUCUUAUGUUUACAGUAUAACUAAUGAGGAGGAAUAAAGUUGAGUCAGUUGACUACUCGGAAUUAAACACAAAAUUAAAGUUGGCGAGUUAUAGCAGCACACCAAGUGAUUGAGCACCACAUGUCUUCCAGUGUGGUUCAACAGAAAAAGCAGAGCUCUGUAUCAGGCUUAGAGGCUCGGCAUACAAUGUGCUGUCCUGCAUUAUUAUUUGUUGAGCCACAAAAACAUGGUGUGAUUGGCAAGGAUGAAGCCGGUUGCCACAAAUACAGACGAUAAUCAAGGAAACUGGAUUUUUGUAAGAGGGUUUUGACAAUUAUCAAACACACAUCUGUCCUUUGUCUGUUUUUGUGUAUUUUUGAUUGGCUGGUACAUUUACUAAAAUGCAAUGUAUUUUACUGGCAUUGAUUAUUUUUUGUUGUAAUUGGCCAAAAGUCAGCCACUAGAAAAAGUUACAGAACUUUAUUUUAGUUUUAUAAUCAAGUGAUUGACGACACGUCUCAAUAUUUUUAUGACUCUUAGGAUGCUGCACCAGGGAACAGCUUGCGUCCUAUUUCUUACUUUAGCCUGCAAAGCUAAAGGUUUGCAUUUGAGUGCUGAUGAUUCACAGAAACAAGCCUCUCUGGUGCCACUUUGCUUACUACAGAUCGCACACACAAUUCCAGAUGCACGCACACACAUUCGACAGAGGAUUCCCACUUAUGAUGACACCAUGGACAGGCGCCACUCUGUCUAUGAGAGUCUUUUCUCCAUUUCAGUCUCACAAAGAUGGACAUUACAGUAUAUUAUCCUGACGUGAUAUCAUAGAUUCCUGGAACCCGGGGUGCAAAUGGACCCCAUUUGUCUCACCAUCGAUGCAGGCAAAUGGCGUUGUUUCACUGACUCUCCCAAUGUUGUUUCACGAAAAACCUGAUUUGUUAGUGCUGUUCGAUCAGAUUGUUAGGUAAUUAUUUUGUCAAUGCAUAAUAAUGUUGUUUUUUUUCCCCAAUGCCCGCUUUGAAUUCCAGUAAAUGAACGUCCGUUAGAAUAAAACUGCACGUUAUAUGGCGGAAAACACAGACAAGACUGAAAAAGCAGUUUCUGCUCUUGCACUCUUGAAAAGAAACUGCUGUAUUUUAAGUCAAAACAACGUUUGUGUUUGAUAGAACAAUAUGUCUAUAUGCUGCCAUAGCAGUUUCAUGGCGCGUGAAGCCCCCGAACUAUUUUUAAUUUGUCCGUUUUACCCUGAAAACCCCUGUUUACAGACGUCGCGCAACCGCUUUUGUUUUAACCCAGCCAUUAAAACUAAAGUAAUUAAUUAUAUUUAUUAUUCAAAAUGUCUGUCAUUUUUAACUUAGAAUCAUUAAUUGAUGUCUACUAUUUCGUUUCAAAAGAAAAAAAGACUUUUAAAAAUUAUUCACUCGCAUAUUUUAAACUUUUAAACAAAUGACCUCACAAUGAAAAAAAUGCCGUCUGUAAAAAAGUCACGGAUAUCUACCUCAUAACUAUCGCUUAAUAGUAUUUUUUUUGUUACUGUCGUACUUUCUCCGAUGUGUUAGAUGAUAAAUAAUCGAUCCAAAAAGAGAAAAAAAGAGGGGAAAAAAAAAAACUUUAAAGGGGUAAAUAUAUGAAAAAGAAAAUCUCAACCACUCCUUUGAUGUCUGCGAUUUCUGCAUCGCGACCGUUGUUAUAUUGCUAUGUUUCACCCAUUAAAAUACCCCCAAAAUCCAGCUGUGGGCAUUCACGACUGUGUCUUGACACUCAGUGAUACAUGCUACAUGGAGUUUUUGGAUCGAAACAAGGUAAGUGUGUGAUAAUAUCUCGUUAAAGUCGUGGCGUCUGUAAUUCUGCUCUCGCGUGCUCUCGCCUCCAGAUAGGGUUUUGCUGUUUAAACAUUUUUUUUCUAAAUGCCACCCUGUUCAAAAUAUUUCUUCCCCCAGAAAAUUGAGAUUUUAAGCUUUCCAACGAUGUAUCACACAUGCAUAUCGGACAAUUUUGAAAUUUGGCCAAAUUGGGGGUCUCAGAGCGGAACUUCAAGUCACCUGAGUGUUUUCCGCCAUAUACACUUGAAUAGAUGUUCUGCCCCAAAAUAAAAUCAGUAAAUGCAUAUUUUCAACGUUUUACAUGAACGUGGCAAAGUGAUGUCAUAAAAACUACUAUUAUGCCAUCAAAAGCACUUUCUGGCCAGUUAACGUCUAAGCGACUGUUCUGCAUAAUUUCAUUCACACAAUCAGCUUGUUUUCUCAGCUUUUUGGUCAGGAACCAGUGCGUUUUUGCUUGUUUCUUAUUAUUUGCGUGAUACCUAAAGAUUAGACUCUGAUGAAAGGAGAGAUACAGUAAAUCAUCAAAUUGUUCUAAAAGGCUGCCAAAAUGGUGAACCGAAUGUGUUAAUAUUGAAUGUAGGUUGCCUUCCAAGCGGUUGAAAUUUCAAACCAGUUGUUCCUGUUUUAAAGGGUAUUACAACACCUGGGGAAAUGCUAAUAUUCUAUCAUUUAUCCAUAAACGCAUACCUUUUGGAUUCCUAUCAUGCCACUUCGUGUAAUUACACACAUCGCAACACCAAGAAAAUGAUAGAAAUUUGGAUCAAUUGUGAAGCUAAAAGGACCCACCCCCGAGAUCCCGGAAAUCUAGCAUAUUGUGUGCGUGACGUCACUACAAGGAAACAACCGGCUCAGUGAUUAGUACUGAAUGGCGGCGAUGAUGGUGAACAAUUUUAUUUCUAGUUGCAGCGACGAAUCCGACGUAACGACAUUCUUCUAAUGGUGACGAGUAGAGUUAUGAACCUUUCUUUGGUGUUUUGGGUUAUCAGUUUGAGCCCAAACGAAAGCCAAUGCAGCCUAAUGAAAGGAUCAUUGAGGGGAGCAAUCACACUGAUGCAACACCGGCAACAUAUCGUGUGGGAAACACUGAAUGGUUUGUUUUGCAUUUCUUUUUGUGAAGCUGAUACACCGUGACCGCAAAAUAAAGUAAUGUAUAGAAUAAUUAUCAUUUAUUGUGUCAUCAUAGGUUUUCGCUCUGCCAACAGACACAAAUAUGAAUGGGAUUAGAGGAUUUGUCCUAUAUAUUUUACGAGCGAUAAGACCCUCGUGAGGAAUAAGCGGCAUGGAAAAUGAAUGAAUGAAUUUAUACACGUGUCCAGUCCUAUAUCCAAUGCAUGUUAUGUUUUUUAUUAUAAAAGAGUACUCACUCUGGCCAUUUCGAGCUUGGCUGCUCCGCUCCUUUGGUUACCCUGGGGUGGUCUCAUCAGAGCCAGUCAUCGUCCUCUUUCUUGAUAUCUCGGGACAUUUAGGUGGCUGCGCGUGUAUGGUGGGCACCGCAUCUGCUUUCAUCAGCAAUUUCUUAGCAAAAUCUGAUUUCAUUUGUCCAUAGUUCGAAUAGCUUUCAGGUGUAAAAUGCGCACCACACAAAACCGUGCCGGCGACUGGGUCUGCAAAAUUAGCCCUCUUAGCACGGACGAACUUUACUCAUUGUCUGCGUAGUCCUGCUCUUUUUCUCGCGUUUGGGAACUCAUGGGUACUACAUUGCGACAAAUGGCUGUUUGUACACCACAUAGCAUGACAGAUUUGAACCAUUUUAGCGAUUUUUUUUUUGGAUAAAACACAAACGCAACUCUCUAGUCGAUAAACAACGAUGGCACCUGCCACGACCUUUUGUUUCCUUGAUGUGACGUCUCCGCCCCAUUCGGCUGUUUCCGGAAUACUUUCGGUAAUGUGCGUAAUUUUCGAUCUAUUUUCAAUAAUUGCUCAUGAUUGUGAUUUAUUUUUUUGUUAACUUUAUUAAUAUUUGUUAUCUUGCCACAUAAUGGUUCUAUUGAUAUCUCACAGCCCCUUAGUAUUAUAAUACCCUUUAACUAAUUUACAGAUACAUUGUACACAAUGUAAAUUCCAUCACAAAGCCCUUAGCAACGCAUUCACUGCCAUUAACAGCAAUUCACAUCAGAUUUAUUUUAAAUGGGAGGCCUAACGGUGGUUGUUCACGACCAGCCACUCCCAUUUUAAAUGGAUUGAACGUCUGUUGCUGUGAAUGACACUGACACAUGAUCAUUCACUAUCAGCCCUACCAGUUCAAAUACAUGGCAGUUCAAUGGCAGCCAACAAAUUAGCUCUACAGGUAAUGUACUUUAGCUUACACUCUCAACUGUCCUACAAGUAUGAAAGGAAGCCACAAUGUGGUGUCAAGAAUUCUCGCCUAAAUAAAAUGAUUUAACACAACUACUCUCAAAUACUCAAUGACAAAUGCUCUCAGUUGUGAGCGUUAGCAAGAAAAAAUGAGACCCGAAUGAAUUCAGAGCAGCAACUGGGCAGCGCAUUAGUUUUCUAAAUAUAAUAAUCAUUAGAGACAAAAAAAGGUGGAGCAGGCCCAUUAAAUAUAGCAGCACCCAGCGGAGUGCAAGGAGUGGCCAGGUUCAGAGCGCAAUUCUGUUUACACUACAAAUGCGGUUGAGUUACACCAUGUACAGUAAAAUGGGUCUGACUGCCGGUAAGUGUAGUCACUUACCAACAAAAGCAUCAUUUCCUGAAAGCUCCUCCUCCGCUACUCCCUCCACUGCCCUCCCCUCCUUGCUCACUCACUCUCUCUCAGGCACCUCUUUGAGGAACUAUUAGUGCACAACCACUAUGACUUAUCAUUCAACGCCAAUACCAUAGCGGCCUUGGGUAGAGCUCAUUGAGCUGAGCGUCACCUCCAGCAUAGGCAGAUGUGUUGUGUUCAUGUAGAGAAGAGCCGGGAAAGGGCUGAGACGGUCCCACUGGCUGUAAGGUGAAUAGAAACCCAUGGAUCAAGGAGUUGAACUCAGGUGAACCAGAAGUGUGUUUGAGUGUGUGUGUCUAUCCCCCUCCCCUUCAAGCAGCGAUUGGACUCAUGUCGCUCAUGCAGUUCUGGACUAAAUUGUAUUCACAGCUGGGACGGCCACUUCCAAAGGAUCUGUCCUGCAUCGAUGACCUCUCCACCAAUUCCUUGUUCUCCUCUCCGACCGACUCGCUCUCAGAGUAUGCUGACGCCCAGUCCUUCAUCAGCACUGACCACCUGGACACGGUGCCCACACUCUGGGAUGUCAGCACAAGUAACACCGGCAUCACUACACCAGCACAGAGCCAGCUGGAGCUGAAAGGUUCCAGCAGGUUUCAGGGCUUGGCCAGUUUGGAUGAUAUAACCGCUAUAAUCAGCACUCCACCUUUAGGAGGAUUUCAGACUCAGAGAGCCCAGUCACCCCCAGAGGAGGAGGAGGAAGCAGAGGAAGAGGAUUCAGAGGAACUGGGCCAUGUCGACACGUAUGCUGAGUACAGACCAUCCAAAUCUACUAUUGGAAUUUCCCAUCCCGACAUAGUGGUGGAAACCAACACGUUGUCUAGUGUCCCCCCUCCGGACAUCACAUACACUCUGUCUAUACCCGAAUCCACCAUUAACAGCGGCCUGCUGUCCGCCCUGCAGCUAGAAGCCAUCAUCUACGCCUGUCAGCAACACGAAGUUAUCCUACAGAACAACCAACGAGCAGGGUUCCUGAUUGGGGAUGGGGCCGGUGUGGGAAAGGGACGUACUGUUGCAGGAAUCAUUCUGGAAAACUACCUUAAGGGAAGGAAAAAAUCACUAUGGUUCAGCAUAUCCAAUGACCUGAAAUUUGAUGCAGAACGAGAUCUCAAAGACAUAGAUGCACCCACUAUUCCUGUGCAUGCCUUAAACAAAAUUAAGUAUGGAGACACAGCUACCUCAGAAGGAGUCCUCUUUGCGACCUACUCUGCGCUGAUUGGCGAAAGCCAAGCGGGAGGGCAGCACCGCACGCGGAUUAAGCAGAUCCUGGACUGGUGCAAGCCGGAUUUUGACGGAGUUAUUAUUUUUGAUGAAUGCCACAAAGCCAAGAAUGCUACGUCGACAAAGAUGGGCAAGGCAGUGCUUGAUCUGCAAAACAAGCUGCCGCGGGCCAGAGUGGUGUAUGCCAGUGCCACAGGUGCCUCUGAGCCAAAGAACAUGAUCUACAUGAGCCGCCUUGGUAUCUGGGGUGAGGGCACGCCCUUCAGGGCCUUCGAUGACUUCCUGCACGCCAUCGAGAAGAGAGGGGUUGGUGCCAUGGAGAUUGUUGCCAUGGAUAUGAAAGUGAGCGGGAUGUACAUAGCCAGGCAGCUGAGUUUCUCAGGGGUGUCAUUCCGGAUUGAAGAGAUCGGAUUGGACAGCGACUUCAAGCUGGUCUACAAUAAAGCCGCCAAAUUGUGGGCGGAGGCACUGCAGGUCUUCAUGCGUGCCGCCGACGAGCUGGGCCUGGUUAGCAGGAAGUCCCUGUGGGGCCAGUUCUGGUCGUCACACCAGCGUUUUUUCAAAUACCUCUGUAUCGCUGCCAAGGUCCGCUGCCUGGUGGAGUUGGCUAAGAAAGAGCUGGAGGCAGGAAAGUGUAUUGUCAUUGGCCUGCAGUCUACCGGGGAGUCACGCACUAGAGAAGUUUUAGAUGAGAAUGACGGCCAUCUUGACAGAUUCGUCUCUGCCGCUGAGGGAGUUUUCCAGUCCCUUGUUACCAAACACUUCCCUUCUGAGAAGCAGCGGCGGGAGAAAGCACCCGGGGUCAAAAGAAAACGUAAGCCUCGAGCUCGCCAUCCCAAAGUACCCAAGCACUCGGUGGACAGCGGCGGUAUCAUUAGCAUUAACAGCGAUGACAGCAGCACUGACUCUGAUGGCAUGGACACCGAUUCCAACUCCUCGCCUGACUCGCUGCUAGACAACGAUGAUGUAAUCUUUGUCAACCAUACCAACUGCCACACUGGUAAGUGUUGUUGUCAUUAUUGUCAUGGUGAAGUGACACCCAGCACUGUGUCUGACAUUCUCUCAUGUGGAUAUUCAGUCCGAAUUGAGGAGAUGAAACAGGAUCUUUUGAACAAGAUAGCAGAACUUGGAAAAGAACUACCUCUCAACACACUUGACGAGCUCAUUGAUAAGUUUGGAGGGCCUGAUAAAGUCUCUGAGAUGACUGGGCGUAAGGGUCGUGUGGUGCGACGUCCUGACGGUAGCGUCCGUUACGAGUCACGCGCUGAGCAGGGUCUUACCAUCGACCACAUCAACAUCAAGGAGAAAGACCGCUUUAUGAGUGGAGAGAAGCUGGUAGCCAUCAUCUCCGAAGCAGCCAGCUCUGGAAUUUCCCUGCAGGCGGACAAGCGGGUGAAAAACCAGCGGCGGCGUGUCCACAUGACAUUGGAGCUACCUUGGAGUGCAGACAGGGCCAUUCAGCAGUUUGGUCGUACCCAUCGGUCCAAUCAAGUGACUGCUCCAGAGUACAUCUUCCUCAUCUCUGAGUUAGCCGGUGAAAGACGGUUCGCUUCCAUUGUGGCAAAGAGACUGGAGAGCCUGGGUGCGUUAACGCACGGUGACAGAAGAGCGACUGAGACCAGAGACCUGAGCAAGUACAACUUCGAAAACAAGUAUGGUACCAAGGCGCUGGAUAAAAUCACCAAAGCAAUCCUGGGGCACAUUGAGAACAAGGUGCCUGUGCCCAAAGGUUACCCUGGAGGUGACGCCAUGUUCUUCAGAGAUAUGAAACAUGGAAUGAUGGAUGUGGGCAUUUUCUGCCGGGAACCACGUUUUGGCAUUAACACAGAGAAAGACUGCAGCAUCACCAAAUUCCUAAACCGAAUCCUCGGCCUGGAGGUCCACAAGCAGAACCAUCUCUUCCAGUACUUCACCGACAAUUUUGACUACCUAAUUGAGAAGGACAAGAAGGAGGGAAAAUACGACAUGGGCAUCUUAGACCUAGCUCCAGGUAAUGAUGAGAUUUACGAGGAGCAGCAGGAAACCUUCAUGACAGUGGGAAACCCUCAGGAUGGCCAGGUGGUUCUUUACAAGAUCAGUGUUGAUAGGGGCAUGCCUUGGGAUGAAGUCAACAACAGAUUUGUCAAUCUCACUGGUGCUGACGAGGGCUUCUAUCUGUCACUAAAGCUACGAGGUAACCAGCCGUGCGUUUUACUCGCGGAGCAAGGGAGAGGCAAAAACUUCAUUGUCUAUAAGCCCAACAUCGGCAAGCAAACUCACCCCGAGAGCCUCGACCAUCUCCUGCAACGCUAUCGAAAGGUGACUCCAGAGGAGGCCAAGGACUGCUGGGAGAGCCAGUUCAGCUUCUCAUUAAAAAAGUGUAGCCAUGCCAACUGGAACGGCAAGUGUAAGAAGGUCGAGGAAGGCCAGGAGUGCUUCCAGGGCAUGCGCCUCCGCCAGUACCACAUGCUAUGCGGCGCUCUGCUGCGUGUGUGGAAGCGCGUGUCCGACGUCGUGUCCGACAUCACCAGCUCCAGCAUCCUGCAGAUUGUUCGACUCAAAACCAAGCAGCACAACAAGCAAGUUGGCAUCAAGAUCCCCGAGAACUGCGUGGCCCGGGUGCGCGACGAGCUCCUGCAAAUGGACAACGAGGUGAAGCGACGGCGCAAGGAGCGCGAGAAGCAGGCCUUGGAGCAGCGUCUGGCCGAGGAGCGCAUGCGUAAAAUGGAGCAGGACAACAAGCAUCUGCUGGCUAAUUUGUUCAGCCAGAAAGCCAUGCCCAACCAGUCUCUGGCUCAGUCGCUGCUCCACAGCCAGCUCUUCAAACAGAAACUGAACCCGCUCCAAAAGACACAGGUAGGGGGCAUCUCUCAGUUACAGAGGAUGCAGGCUGUGUUACAGCAGCAGCAGCAGCACCCUCAGAGUCAGGGCCUGCUUCCUUUACCGAGGACAAGCGGGUCCCAAGUGACACCGAGCGGCUGGCCCUGCAAGUCAGCCGCCUCUAAACAGCCCGCAGCGCGCAAUGCAGUCAUCCACGGCGCCAACUUCUCCCAGUACUACCCGCAGUCCUUCUUAUCCUCCUUCCCGCAGCCCGUCCCCCUCCACCAGACUCCACGCGUAACUUCCCAAAAGGCCCAGGAUGAGAUUCUGGACCUAACCGUCAGCUCGCCGUCACCCUCCCCGGACAGCACCGAGGGCGGUCUGAGCGGACGCGGCGUAGCGUUCGCCGACGAUUUCAACUUAGAGUCGCUCAUUUCGCAGACGACCGCUCAGCUCCCGCCGCCUCAGAAUCACAACCACCAAGAUUUCCUAGAUUUAUUCGACCUGCCGCUUUCGCCGCAGUUGCCCGCCGCACAGAAACCGAGCCCUUCCUCCUCAUCAUCCGUGUCCUCCCUAAUCCAGACUUCGCUUUUUUCCAACGCCCCGUCGUCUUCGUCGCAGUUCGCCCCGGCUCGCUUCGGAAACUAUCUCCUCCCCCAGUCGGACUCGCUCACCUUACCCAACGGCCACUGCGGCUCGGGCGCUCUGGACGCACGCGAGGCGCUGAACAGCAUGCUGCAAGGGCCGGCACGCGUCGUCCGCUGCUGUUCGGGAUCUUCUAGUCUACAUCACUGCCUAUCCUGCUCACAGUCCUCUCUUUAAGCACCCGUAGUAUGGGAUUCCCACACCCCCUGGUGCGUCCUCCACGGCAGCUGUAACGCAAACUUGACUUUACGAACUCUUCUUGAGCUGUCGAAACAAACGGAAAAAAAUAUCCUUUAAAGGAUUCGACGCUGGAAUCUUUUAUUUUGUUUUGAGGCGCUAGAUGGCAAAAAACUGGAAUAUACAAGAGGAAAAAAAUCAAAGCUGACAAAACCGUGAAAUGCCUCGUUUUUGUCCGUUUAGUCCCGCCCCCGGGUGACACGCUCCCUUUUUCGUCUUUCAUUGGUGGUCGAGGAAGAACAGGAGAAGGAAAGCAGCAGUCUGCAAACAGUGCCUUUCGGAGAAAUCUAUUAAUGCAGUCUUUAAAAAGAAAAACAAAAAAAAUCCAUGUAGCCUAAUGUAUAGAUUUGUAUUUUAAUUUAAAUAUGGUAUAUUUGUAUUUAAACUUUUUCGUCCCUUCGUGUUACACUAUGCUGGUGGCGGGUUCCAAGGUGAGGCCUCCGUGAAGCCUCGACUCUGUGAGUGCGUAUGUGUGCGUGCGUGCAACAACACCAACAAGCGUCAUGAGCAGAAGGUAUCCAAAAAUAUUAACACGUUUAUUGUUUAUGAACUGACGAUAACACAGAGAGAUUUGACUCCUGGUAAUGAUUUGAUUUGACAUUUCUCAGGAAAAGUCUCAAGUGCUUCUGGUCUUGUUGUUUAAUUUAAUGUGUGCGCACGUGUGUGUGUGUGUGUGGAAAUCGGUCGGUUUGGGUCAUUGAGUAUAUAGAAAAGUCAUUUACGUUGUACUUUUUCACACUUGAAAUGUAGACUUUAUUUAACUCGGCUGCCAAAAGACUGCAAUAGACGUCCAUUUCAGUGUUGUUUAUGGCAGCCCUUUUAAUAAGUCCUUAUGGAUGAAAAUACUUAUAUUUUAGUCAUUUCAAAACAUGUUUGCCUUUGUCUAGAUUUCAUUGAUGAAAUCUCGGACAAAUUUUGUCCAGUUUUAGGCGGCGACUUACUUAGAGGGAAGCUCAGUCCGGUUGUGAAUUCUUGUAAAUGUCAUAAUUUGACUAUGGCUGUCAAGCGAUUAAAAUUUUUAAUCGGGUUAAUUACAGCUUAAAAAAUAAUUAAUCGUAAUUAAUCGCAAUUCAAACCAUCUAUAAAAUAUGCCAUAUUUUUCUGUAAAUUAUUUUUGGAAUGGAACAACAAGAUGGCAUUAACAUUAUUAACAUUCUGUUAAAGCGAUCCAUGGAUAGAAAGACUUGUAGUUCUUAAAAGAUGAAUGUUAGUACAAGUUAAAGAAAGUUUAUAUUAAAACCCCUCUUAAUGUUUUCGUUUUAAUAAAAUUUGUAAAAUUUUCAAUCAAAAAAUAAACUCGUAGCCCGCCAUUGUUGAUGUCAAUAAUUACACAAUGCUCAUGGGUGCUGAAGCCCAUAAAAUCAGUCGCACCCAAGCACCAGCAGAGGGUGACAAAACUCCAAAAAACACAAGUAACAAGUGGACAUUGCACUGUGCUGUCAUUUUAAUCUGUUUGAGCGGGGCAUGUGCAUUAAUUGCGUCAAAUAUUUUAACGUGAUUAAUUAAAUAAAUUACCGCCCGUUAACGCGAUAAUUUUGACAGCCCUAAAUUUUACAGAAGCUAAAAUAAAAUUGACGGACUAAAACGAGACGAAAAUUGGCUGACUUGUCAUCUUGUCGACUAAAAUGAUACGAACAUUUUUGAGAGGUUUCGUUGACAAAAAUUACCGUAAUUUUCACACUAUAAGGCGCACCUGACUAUAAGCAGCCAACCACCAAAUUUGACAUGAAAAUGGCAUUUGUUCAUAGAUAAGCCGCACUGGACUAUAAGCCGUAGCUGUCCUCACUUUAUUAUGGGAUAUUCAUACCAAAAGAUAUUAAGCGGUAUAACUUAAUUUGACAGUGGCAUCAUACGACUGUCAUAAGACCAAAUGAACCACCGUGAAGCUUUGAACCACUUGGCUGCAAAGCUUCAUUGUUUGACAGUCAACGUCCUGCUGUCAACACUGUUGUCGUCCAGCAUUCUUCCUGGCAUGCAGUGGAGUGCUACAGAUGUAAAUAACAAUCAAAAUUCAUGUUCUGUGCAAAUUAUUUCUUCAGUUACUGUUCCAGUUGUUUCAUUAAUGGCUAUUUAUGGUAUUUGGUAACACUUUAUUUGACAUUAGUGCCAUAAGACAAUCAUAAUCAUGACAUGACACUGUUAAGAGUGUUAUUGAAUGCUUAUAACAUAUGGCAUUUGGUCAAAUUAUCUCACUCUUAAAUGGAUGUGAAAGACCUGAGCUUGACAUAAAUGGAGUUAGUGACAUCAUUUUCCGGAUGACACUUAGUGACAGCUGUCAUAAGCAUUUAGUAAUGCCCAUGAUAGUGUCAUGUCAUAAUUAUAAAGGUCUUAUGACACUGCUGUCAAAUAAAGUUUUACCAAUUAACCCAAAUAAAUCAACAAAUAAACCGCACUGGGCUAUAAGCCGCAGGAUUCAAAAUUAAGGAAAAAAGUAGCGGCUUAUAGUCCGAAAAUUACAGUAGAGGAAAACAAAUUUUUUUUGAGACAAAUAAAAUAUGACUAAGAGAAGUAUUUUCAUCCAAAGGUCAAAAAAUAAAAGGACUGUCAAAAACAACACUGGUCCAUUCCAUUUAAAGUUCAAAUGAAAUGGAGGUCUGUUGCAUUCAAUGGCAUUGAAAUAUGAUUUUAAUGAGAAAGAAAAACCUCCCUUCCCCGCAUCUAAGUCUCAACAUUUUUCCACCUUUUGACACAAAACUCUGCCUCAGUGAGUUAUAUACCUAACCGCGUGAAAUUUAACACAGCAACCCAGCGUUAACAAUAUCCUUCUGUGGUAAAACAGCUGUUUUUAGAAUUUAACUUAACACCCGUGUCCAUCCUGGCAAUUAAAUUUUGGGCAUACAGUAGAGGAAAAAAAAGUGACUUUACAUACGGUAAUUUUUACAUCAAGAUGAAACUACAUUUGUUUUGUUGACAUUCAGUUUUUUCAUUCAAUAUCAUAAAAUGAUGUUUCAUUUUUAAAUUAUUUCGUGCAACCACUUGACAUUUUAAAAAAUAAACUUAAUUUUUUUUUUCUUCAGUAGAACCACAAUUUCUUUUUUUUCCUUUUUUUUUAAGUACUAUUACAGCCGCAUUUGCCUAAAAGACACUUGCCACUUUUUUUCCCCAACACAAAGACAUCCCACAAAAUUUGCUGUUCCAAAAGAUCCAGAAUUUUUCGGAGUAUAAGUCGCACUAGCAAAGAAAAAAAAAACGCUAUUACAGUGGUACCUCGACAUAGGAAUUUAAUUCGUUCCAGGACCUGGUUUUUAUGUCGAGACGGAUUUCCCCAUAAGAAUACAUUAUAAUUCGAUUAAUUUGUUCCACAGCCCAAAAACUUAAGCUCAAUCCUUAAUAAAUACUGCAGGUACAAUUACAAAUAACAAUUACACAUAGCAAAACAAAUACAUCCUAAAUAUGAACACCUUAAAAGGCUAAAGCAACAUUACAUUUUCUCUUAUGCAAGAUACAAAAAAAUCUAACAAUAUUUACAAAACAAGAAGGCUUCAAGCUUUUCAAGCAGCCUGCCUUCAGGCUGGUGCAGGGUCCUUCCGGGGUCCUACCGUCAAUCAGCGGCAGCCACAGUUGCCCACACAUAUGCCUGAUCAAAAUCCUUUUAUCGGCUUAUUUUUUCUUGUUGUUUGGCUCCAGCUCUGUUUCUCUCAUAAGAAAAUCCGCGGUCUUGCGGGGAAAACAAUGAAAUUGAGACACUCUUGUAAAUCGCAGUGUUUUGAGCAUGUCGUCACAUGUUGAGACAAAUAAUUAGAGCGGAUGCCGAAAUGAUCGAAUGUCGAUGCGUUCCUAUGUCGAGGUACCACUCUAUAUGGAUAAGUCGCACUGGAGUAAAAGUCUCAUUUGUGCGAGUUAUUUUAUUUAUCAAAGCCCAAGAACAAACAUUUUACAAUAUAAAAUGAACAACAAGCUAACUAUUUUCUGUUAUAUAAAUAACUAUAGGCUAAAAAAAUACAACAUGAUAAAAAAGUGCAACUUAUAGUCCGGAAAAUACGAUAAUAUUUAAAAAUUCACUCACGUAGGCUACAGCCGACCUCUUAUUACCAUUAUACUGUUACCACCAAGGUUGGAACAUUGCCCAGUUGACAUUAGGGCUGGGGGAUACGGCCGAAAAAUCAAAUCUUAGAUUUUUUUUUUCACCAAAUAUUCGAUUCACAAUCCCUAACCCCCAACCCCCAAAGUUUAUUAUGGAGACAAAAAGAACAAGACAGAAAACUCAAAACAAGUUUGUUUUUUUUUAAAUGGUCGAACUCUGUUUUAAAUAUAGUAUUUUUCUCUCCCCCAUUUGUGCUGUCAGCCCACAAACACAAAGUAGUUCGCAUAUUUUUGCACCCAAGUUAGUCACCUGAUUUUGAGAAUCUGCCGAUACCGAGUCCUGAUCCAAUACCGAAAAAAAUUGGGGUUUUUUUUAUGUUUUUAAGUUCCAAAUAUGUUACAGUGCUGUGUUGCAAAGUAUAAAACGUAUAUAUUUUUGUUUCUUUUUGUAAUGCCAUUGUAUUUCUGGAUUAUUUUAUUACUUUUUAGCCCUUAAGUUUUUUUUACUUUAUUUUUUAAUUAAAAACCUGACAUCCUUAUUUGCUAGAUUUCCUGCGUAGCAAAAACUUAUUAUUAAUCUUUCAAAGUAAAAAAAUCGAAUUAAUUCAUAUACAGUGAUCCCUCGCUACUUGGCGCUUCAAACUUCGCGCCCUGAGUCUAUCGCAGAUUUUUUUCAAUUAAAAAAAAAAAUACAGAUGAGCUCUCCCGAGCUGAUUGCGUAGUCUCACUCUCCCUCCCUCUCCUUGCUCUUUGUUGGUCUGGCAGUGAGUGCACUGGAGUUGCUUCUUAAGGUAAACGAUGAUUAACGGAUGUUUAAUGUUUGAAGUUCGGUUCUCUGGCAAGAUCAAAGCGCUGCAUGCGUCAAUCAUUGUUUAACUUGUUAAACAGUUGCUGCGGCAACUCAUUGUGUGUAAGUGAGCAGCUGAGCGGAUUUAAGUGGACUCACUCAAUGAAGCAUUUAAUAAAGCCAAGCAUUUUUCUGCUUUAUUCUUGUUUAAAAAUAAUUCGGUGGGACACUAAAAUGUUUAAAACUUAUCAUAUUACAUUUGAAUUGCUUAAAAACCAUUUGUUAAAAUAUAUAUAUAUGGUGGAAACCACUCAGGUGACUUGGAAGUUCCGGUCUGAGACCCCCAAUUUUGGCCAAAUUUCAAAAUUGUUCUAUAUGCAUGUGUGAUAAGUCAUUGGAAAGCUUAAAAGCUCAAUUUUCUAGUGGAAGAAAAAUUUUGAACAGCAGUGCAUUUAAAAAAAAAACAAAAAAAACUAAACCCUAACUCGAGGUGAGAGCAUGAGAGAGCCUCAUUAAAGACACCAUGAUUUUAACGAGAUAUUAUCACGUACUCACCUAGUUUCGAUCCAACAACUCCGUGUGCCAUGUCUCACCGUGUGUUAAGACACAGCUGUGAAUGGCCACAGUCAGACUUUUUGGGGAUUUUAUGGGUGAAACACGGUAAUAUAGUAAGGGUCGCAAUGCAGAAAUCGAAGACAUCAAAGAGUGGUCGAGAUGGUCUUUUUCAAAUAUUUACCCUUUUUUUUUUUCUUUGUUUAGAUCGAUUAUCAUCUAAAAUGUCGGGGAAAAUGCAACAGUAACAAAAAAAAUAUAUACCAGGUAGAUAUCCGUGACCUAGUUACAGACACUAUGUUUUUUUCACUGUGACGUAAUUUGUUUAAAAGUUUAAAAUAUGCGAGUGAAGAAUUUUAUUUUAUUUUUUAUUUUAUUUUAUUUUUUUGCUAAAUAUUAGACAUUAAUUAAUCAUUCUUAGCUAAAAAUAAUAGACAUUUCGAAUAAUAUAAUUAUUUACUUUCUUUUUAUAGCUUGGUUGAAACAAAAGCAGUUGCGCAGUGUCUGUAAACGGGGGUCUCCAGGGUAACACGGACAAAUUAAAAAUAGUUCGGGGGCUUAAUACGCCAUGAAUAUAGACAUAUUGUUCUUUCAAACACAACAGUUCUUUUGGCUUAAAAUACAGCAGUUUAUUUUAAAGAGGGGUGCAAGACCAGAAGCUGAUUUUUCAGCCUUGUCUGUGUUUUCUGCCAUAUGUACAUAAUUUUUAAAAACAUAUAUUUUGGGAGGAAAAAGAUUAAAAAAACAUCGUAUAUUUUCCAAUGCAAAAUCUGAAUAAAUACAUUGAACACACAAAAAAUUUGGGGGGCCUACUUGGCAUUUUUUCCACUUAUUGCGGCGGGUUCUGGUCCCCAUUAACCGCGAAAAACGAGGGAUCACUGUAAUAGAUUGCCAGAAAAGAUGGGCGAAUAAACAUGAAAAAACUACUGUCACAGAUGUAGUCAGUAUUUUGAGACAAAACGGCAGCUUUUGCCUGCAGUGCAAAAAAUAAGCGUGACUAAUCAUGUUUUGUUAGCUUGAGUAAAUUCAACGUUUCAUUAUUACUAACUCAUUCAAACCCAUACAAAAGCCAUGAGCUCCAUGUCCAAACCUACGGGAAACGUUUUUGCAUCAUCUCCGUGUCCUUUCCUGGUAAUCAGCGUGUUUUUGAACGUUGUCCCGCGUGUAUCGCGCUCGAUCGAAGCAAUAAAAACAAGGUAUCGUUUACUCACCGGGCGUAAUUUCCAUGAAUACCAUCUUCAUAUCGUAGCGAUAAGAAUAUCAUCGUUUCUAUUUAAGGGAUGUUAUCUGUGUUCUUGAAGAAAAUACAAAACGUUUGGUCAGGAAAGACAAAUUCUCUUGAAAUCUGCCACCAAAUAUGUUUGCACUGUCUCGCGUCCGGAUUGUUUUCUGCUCAUUGUCCUUCACGGAGUUGUUGUUGUUGUUUUUCCCAGAGAGAUACCAAAGUGUUUUGUUGUCCUAAAGUUACCAUUCAACAAUCUCAGGAAGAUACAAAUCAAUAAAUAAAGAUAGUGGACGGGUGAGGAGUUCAUGAGAAAUAUUUCCCCUUGCUAGGAGUGCUGAAACCAACGUGUUUGUACUUGUGUUUUGGUCUUCUCGUGUUUAUGGUUCAGGGUUGGGGAAGCUUUCUGCUAUUUUAUUCACGUUUGUCAAGUAUGUAUUCAAUUUAUAAAACACGAGGCAACAACGGGUUUUCUCACAGCCUGUUUUGGGAUGGGGCAUGUUCAUGCUUUCUUUGGCCAGCGUGUCGUCAUUGUUUUCAUUGAAUUCAUUAACAUCUAUUGACGGCGAUAAAGCUAGUUCAAAUGGAUUGGACGGUUAUCGCCAUCAAUGGCAGUGAAUGAGUGAUUUUUGUUGUUGUUGCCAUUUUAACAUUUAUUAUUUCACACCAUUUUCACGUGAUUUUUUUCCCCUAGAUUUCUUUCCACAAGAUAACAGGAGGGUUAAAUACGUGAUUUACAAAUAUUCCAAAGCAUCAACAUUCCGUAAGAAAGUUUUCUAGUUUCCCCUUAUUACUUGGUUAAAAUAUGUCUUAUACGACCACAACACUAACGUCUACUGUACAUUAACUUGGGAUUAAAAAGAAUUACAUGAAUUGGCUCUAUUAACAAAAAUAGUUAACGCAAAAAUGCAACUGGACUUGUUUUGGGCGCUCAUUUUGUUUGUUUGUUUUUGCAUGAUUUCAUCCAGUGGUUGUCUCGUUGCACUAAGAACAGCAUCAUCACCUGACUGUCCCUCUUUGUCCAGAUUUUUGGCGUGUUGUGUUUCAUCUGGUCUUUGUUUGAUGGAUUUAUAUACUGUAACCAUCCUUUCCAUGUUUCUCCACUGUUUGCAUAUUCUAUAAAUCACUCGAAUAAUUUAUUGCUAACAACAACAAAAAAUUACACAAAAACAUGCUACUGAUUGUAUGUAUUUUUAAACAAAGUCUAUUUUUUCUGUAAAAAAACGAGAAAAAAAAAGAGAAACUGUGUUCAGCACUUUUAUUCUGGGUUUUUGCUUUUGUUUUCUAUAUAUUUAUAAUUUAGAUCCAAAUGUAUAUAUUGUAAAAUUUGUGCCUUUCGACUAAUUCUUUUUAAAAAAAAAAACACACACACACAACAAAAAAAGUGGUUUUCUACUCAUUAAAGGAAGGACUAUAUGGAAUUGCAAUCUUUGUAAACAAAUAAAAACUUGGAUUGCUGAAA